UCUUUUCUUUUUCCUACCAUAAUCUGUGUCAUACUAGGGGCAUUUUCGUCUUUAUAGUUUACAGUACCCCGCCCGCACCAUUUCAAAAAAUUUCGAACGUCUCUUCUCACCUUCCUCUCUAUCUCUUACGGAUCUCCAUUUUCGCGUCCCAUCUCAAAUCCCUAGCCCUAAAGGAUCGACGAAAUAUAGAUUUUUCCCGAUUUUUUGUCGCACUUUUGCCUUUAUUUUUUAGUAUAUUUCGACAAUGAUUUAAUUCCUCUUCGUUUCCGUGCGUAAAAGUGACGCCUUUUUCGAUUAAUCGAUUGAUCCCUCUCUUUGCCUUCGCCUUCACUCCACUCCACCGAAAACUCCACUCCCCCCACCUUAUCACCCUAACUCAAGUCCUAAUCCCUCUCUUACCCACCUUAAAUCAAUGUCGCUUCGCUCCCAGAUCAAGCCUCCUGCCGCUUCUCGAAGCCCCUCCACUUUUAUGUAAUUGUGUAGAAAAAGGAGAAUUUGGAUGAGCUUCCGGUCGACAAGCGGCGGCGGAUCGCGGUAGGGAAGAUGGUAGGACCCGCAAGGGCGCGGUCGGUGCUUUCGGCGCUCAAUGCGGGAGCCAAUCAUGGCGAUUCGGCCGCCGCGGCCGUGAGCACCGACGCUGGGAGCAGCGGCGGCAGAAUGGAGUUUGGAUCGAGGGAGGAUGUGGAGAGGCUCCUUGCGGAGAAGAUGAAGGGAAAGAGCAAAAAUGAUUACAAAGGGAAGAGUGAGCAGAUGAUUGAGUACAUAAAGAAGCUCAGGAUUUGCACUAGAUGGUAUAUUGAGCUCGAAGAUGGAUACUUGGCCGAGCAGGAGAAGCUCAGAAGCAUGUACGAAGCUGAAGAGAAAAGGCGUGCUGAGAUUGAGACCCAAAUGAGCAAUAAGGUUGAAGAGCUGGAUACAAUGAUUCAGGAGAUCAGGCAACAAUAUGGGACAUUGCUAGUAAGCUUCAGAAAGGAGGAAGCUGACAAAUUGGCGAUUUUGAAGGCCUACGAGGAGGAGAAAGAAUUAAGGGUCGCUGCUGAGAGUUCGCGAGCUGCUCUAGCUGAAGAGCUAGAAAGAGUUAGCCACGACGCAAAGCGAUUUAGUGAUCAGUUGAAGAUGGUGCAAGACACCAACAAGAGGUUGCAAGAAUACAAUACUAGCUUGCAACAGUACAACAGUAAUCUCCAGGCUGAUGUUGUGAAAAAUGGUGAGGCAAUCUCGAAGUUGCAGAAAGAGAAGAGCGCUAUGAUGGAAACAUUGGCCAGUCUAAGGGAUCAUGCCAACUCAGUUAAGAACCAGUUGGAAUCUUCUAGGUCUUCUCAGCAGGAGGCUAUUAGACAAAAAGAAGAGUUAACGAAGGAAGUGGGAUGUCUUAGAAGUGAACUGCGGCAAGUGAGAGAUGACCGUGAUCAUUCAUUAGCACAGGUGCAGAGUUUGAGUGUUGAAGUUGCUAAUUAUAAAGAACUGAGUGGAAAGUCCUUGAAGGAUUUGGAUAUUCUGAUAACAAAAACUACAGCCCUCGAGGAGACAUGCAUUUCACAGCGAGAGCAAUUACAGACAUUGCAACCGCAAUUUGCUGCUGCCCAGGAAAAAUUGAAGCUGGCGGAUAUAACAGCAAUUGAAGCAGUGACAACAAAUGAAAAACAAAAAAGAACUGUCAAGGAUUUGCAAGAUCGUUUGUCUGAUGCAGAGUUCCAAAUAUCAGAAGGAGAAAAAUUGCGUAAAAAGCUGCACAAUACGAUACUGGAACUUAAGGGAAAUAUUCGAGUAUUUUGUCGGGUUCGACCGGUUUUAGGCUACAGUGAUUGCAGUGAAAAGGAAGGAGCUGUUGUUUCAUAUCCAACAGCUCUUGAAUUCGCUGGACGAGGCAUUGAUUUGACAAACAAUGCUCAGAAAUAUUCUUUUACUUUUGACAAAGUGUUCAAUCAUGAAGCUUCACAAGAAGAUGUUUUUAUCGAAAUCUCACAGUUGGUACAAAGUGCACUCGAUGGUUACAAGGUUUGCAUAUUUGCUUACGGUCAAACUGGUUCUGGUAAAACCUAUACUAUGAUGGGUAAGCCUGAACCUCAGCAAAAAGGGCUGAUACCACGAUCGUUAGAACAAAUUUUUCAAACAAGCCAAUCUCUACAAUCUCAAGGAUGGAGUUACAAAAUGCAGGCAUCUAUGUUAGAAAUUUAUAACGAGACUGUACGUGAUUUGUUAGUACCGGGUCGGUCAGGCACCCUAGAUGCAAAUGGUUCAGCUAGUAAACAAUAUGCCAUCAAACAUGAUUCGAGUGGUAACACACAUGUUGCUGAACUUACAAUUGUAGACGUCUACAGUAUCAAGGACGUCUCAUUUCUUCUCAAUCAAGCUAUGCAAAGCAGGUCUGUGGGGAGGACACAAAUAAAUGAAGAGUCAUCAAGGAGCCACUUUGUGUUCACUUUGCGGAUAUCCGGAGUGAAUACGAGCACAGAACAGCAGGUUCAAGGUGUCUUAAAUCUAAUUGAUUUAGCUGGAAGUGAGCGCCUAGCAAAGAGUGGCUCAACAGGCGAUCGAUUAAAGGAAACUCAGGCAAUUAACAAAAGUUUGUCGGCUUUGAGUGAUGUAAUCUUCUCAAUUGCGAAGAAGGAGGAUCAUGUGCCUUUCAGGAAUUCAAAGCUUACUUACUUGUUACAGCCUUGCCUUGGUGGUGAUUCGAAGACAUUAAUGUUUGUCAACAUUGCACCUGAGGUGUCCUCUGUCGGAGAGUCCCUCUGUUCGCUUCGGUUUGCUGCUAGAGUCAAUUCAUGUGAGAUCGGAAUACCUAGACGUCAAACUCAGAUGCGCUCCUUGGACUCCAGACUCAGUUAUGGUUGAGCUUGACCACUGCUACCACAAUUCAAAUCAAAUGCUGCAGCUACCCUGGGUUUUUCUGAUGAAUACCGCGGUACUAACUUAUCCUUAUGUAAUUUGUACAGUAAAGACAGUGAAAGUGGUUUGUUGUAAGUUGAAUUUGUAGUAUGAGAAGUUCCAUAAAGAUUGGCAAUUUAUCCAUAUUUGGUAAUACUUUUACACAUGUAGCAAUCUUCAUUUUGCUGACACGACUCUAUUUUGCAUCAAUAAAUAGCAAUUUCUUCUGUUGGUUUCUCAAA